AUGGCCGACACCAAAAAAGACCCAACAACUUUCAAUGCAGAUGCAGACCACAGCUCACAGGAACACGAUGUCGCUGUCGGCGAGCUGGAACCAGUACGACCGGAACUCGCGGCUCUCAAAGACACAUCUUCCAAUCGCCUGUUCGAGGCUCAAGCAUCACUGGUUAACCAUGCUGUUCAAAAGAUGGGCAUGGGUCGUUACCAAUGGGGUCUGUUUGUCGUAGCAGGCUACGGCUGGCUCUGCGAUCAGCUCUGGCAAACGACCGUAUCAGAUGCCCUCCCUCAGGUUGGGCUCGAGUUCCAUCCCCAACAUGAAGCUUUCCUCUCGCUUGCUUUGAUAACCGGCCUUGUCGUGGGAGCGUGGUUUUGGGGCUUCGGCUGCGAUUUGAUCGGGCGAAGACUGGCUUUCAAUACGACGCUUUUCAUUGCAGGCGUCUUUGGUAUCGCUGCGGGCGGUGCAAACAGCUUCGUCACUUGCGCUUCGCUGUGUGCAUGCAUUGGCUUCGGUGUUGGAGGCAAUCUACCUGUCGAUGGGGCCAUCUUUCUGGAACUUAUGCCACCGACGCAUCAAUGGCUACUCGAGAUCCUGAGUGUAUGGUGGUCGCUUGGUCAAGUCAUUCCCGCUGUAACGGCCUGGGGCUUCAUUCCAAACUUCAGCUGUGCUUCCGACACACCAGCUGGGCAAUGCAGGAAGGCGGAUAACAUGGGGUGGAGGUACCUGAUGUACACAAUGGGUGCCUUCACGGUCGUCUUGUGGAUCGGCAGAUUCUUUCUAUUCAGAUUGAGGGAGUCGCCAAAGUACCUGAUCGGACAGGGUCGAUAUGUCGAAGCCGUGGAAGUUCUCAAUUCAAUAGCCGCAUACAAUAAGACGACGCAGCCGCUGACAGUCGAAGAUCUGGAACAGGUAGAGCGGGAUUUUUCCGAGUCUCACGAACGGCCGCCAGUCGAUCGCAAAGAAGCCAUCAAGAGAGCGUUCACGAGCCAGCUCAAUCCCAGCGGCUUCCAACAUGUUCGCGCCCUCUUUGCCACUCCAAAGCUGGCCUACAGCAUGACUCUGAUUAUCCUGAUUUGGGGCAUGAUUGGUCUCGGCAGUCCGCUCUAUUCGAACUUCUUGCCUGAGCUCCUCGCAGCCAAAGGUGCAUCCACAGGCUCGACCAGCGUCGCCAUCACAUACCGCAAUAACCUCAUCAUCAUUAUCUGCAGCAUCCCAGGCACUCUGGUCGGUGGCCUGCUGAUCAACAUCAAAUACAUCGGUCGCAAAGGUACCCUAGGCGGAUCCUUGAUCUUGUCGGCAAUUUUUCUGUUCGCAUUCACGACUGCUCGCACGCCUGCCGAGAUCCUGGCUUUCAAUUGUGUUGCCACAUUCGCGCAGUACAUCAUGUGGGGAGCAUUGUACUGCUACACGCCAGAGGUAAUCCCUAGCAUGCAUCGGGGAACGGGUACUGGCAUUGCUGCGGCUUUUAACCGGAUUUGCGGCCUAAUGGCUCCGAUUAUCGCAACUUAUGUCGGUUACACCAGCACGCCAGUAUAUGUGUCGGCUUCGCUGUAUGUGGCCGCAGGGCUCUUGAGUUUUUUGUUGCCAUUCGAGACCCGGGGAAAGGCCAGCAUAUAA